AGACCAGCUUUACUUGUCCAAGUCGAGUAUAGUGCAACAUAGCGAAGACAUAAAAGGCUGAGCGGGCUGCGGAGGAGUGAUGUGGUUGCAAACGACCGCUGAUCCUAUGUUUUCUCGACAUCUCAUAAGCGGUCGGUCCUGCACAAGAAACAUGGCUCUGGAGGCCUAGGCAUGCUCCCUGUGACUUUUCUGCGGCAGGUGGCGAUGAGAGAAGCGAUCUCUUGGCAACUCCCAUCGUGUCAGCGCGAUCAGGAUUGAUAUGACCUAAGCUCAGACAGUAUAUAAGACCUGCAGCGCUGGCCAAUUUGGACCCAGCACAAGAGGCACCUCUCUUCUGCCAGCACACUCACCAACUUACCAAACCUCAACUCUAUACGCAGACGGCAUGUCGACCUGGGCACCUGGCACUCAGUACAAUGUCGGCGAUGUUGUUGAAUACGAAGGCUUCAAGUAUAAAAUCAUCCAGCCUCACCUCUCUCAGGGAGACUGGACCCCCAAUGUAACCCCCGCGCUUUGGGGGCGCCUGCCUCCCGAUUAUGUUGGAGGCGGUGGAGAGAAACAGGGCGGCGGCUACCAGCCCGCGUACGACCAACCUCAGCAGCAGUCGUUCCAGGACGAGCGCCCGCCGUUCGACCAGCAGCAGAGCGGUAACAACUGGGACGAGCAUCAGCACCAGAAGGUGGACAUCCCUCACGAGGAGCAGAAGAAGAACUGGUGGGACCUUGACGACGCGGCCAAGAAGAAGAUGGAGAUCGGUGGAGGUCUCGCUAUUGGCGUCGCCGCAAUCGGUGCUGGUAUGUUCGCAUACAAUCAUCAUCAGAAGAGUGAAGAGCAGAAAAAAGCGGCUGUCUGGGCUCUACAGAGGUGGCUGCGCGAAGGCCAGGAUCGCACCGAAAACUUCUACCGCAACGGUCCUAGCGCGCCCACGACCUGGCUGCUUGUCCACGGUAAGAGCUUCCCUCGGGACUUGAUCGCCGGUGGUGAGGAGGGAGGUCAGCCUCUCUAUGUCUGCCGUGCCUUCCACGACGGUAGCGUCCAGGUUGGCAAGGCAGGUGCAAACCUCGACACCGGCGCCGUAGUCGGCUACGGCCACAAGGAGGUUUCUGUCGAGCAAUAUGAGCUGCUCGUCGGCAACCCGAACGCCGUGCGCUGGGUCGAGGUGCACGGGCAGCUGAAGCUGGACCGGCUCGGGGCGCGCCCGGUCGAGGGCGGUCACGAGGCAGACGGCACGCCGCUCUUCAUUGCCCAGGCGCACGUCGAAAAUGGCAUCCACCCUGGCAAGAUCAGCGAGAAGCUCCAUAAGGCUUUCAUUCCUUACGGUGGCUCCGAGAAAGAGGUCGAGCGCUACCGCGUCCUCUGCUACAACUAACAAGGGUCCCGUGCUGCAUUCUCGAUUAUCUCUCGCAUCGUGCCAUCCAAACACGUUACAGCUCAAAUCGGAUAGCUCCAUGAACCCAAUGUACUCUUGAAUAACACAAUGAUGACACAUCGGAAGCUGUUACAUAACAGACUUGCUCUUCUAUAGAAUCGCUGCGAGGCGAGUGGGGCCGCCCG